CUCGCGCAUCAGGAGUUUGGAGUAUUCCAUUCCAUGCUGCCUUGGACGAGUUACGAGUUUGCCGCGCAACAGAUGUGAUCCACGGAAUCGUUUGUGAAUUUAUGUAUAGCCCUGGAAGCUGGAAAUGGCAGCAGAACAACUAUUUGGCUUUGUCGAAAACCUACAGCAGGCCACCUCAAUUGUUAAAAAGAAGGAGUUUCUUCAGAAAGCGCAUGAUUGGCUUGAAGAUGACACAAAUUUCUUGAGCUUGGACGAAAAGAGCUUGCAAACUGGCAGCUCUAUGACUUGGCAAAAGCUCUUCCACUAUUGCCAUUCCUUUUAUAUAAAUACUUUGGAAAGUAUUGAAGAUGAUGUUAAAGGCAGAAGUGGGAAAGAAGCUGUAGCGGAGAAUGCCAAAAAGUUAAUUUCCUUGGUUGCAGCUUGCGCCAAUAGAGAUCAAGAUGUGCCCUUUUUAGACUUCAAUGAAACUAGUAAAAUUUGCAUGGACACUGCAAGGAGAUUUGCUUCCAACCAGGCUUGCCGAGAUAUGUAUAUCAAAUUGCUACAUGCCAAGCUUGUCUCUUUAGCUGUCUACAGUACAGAAUUCACAACAGAGAAUUGUAGUGACAUUGUUGAUUUUUGUAUUGAGCUUUAUCCUACUACGAAAGAGUCUGUGAAAUUUCAGAUUCUUUACAUCUUGGAAAUUUGCAUCCGCGCUGGAUCAAAACAGUCCAUGGUAGCCAUGCACUUAAAAAACAAGUUCGAUUUUUUUGAGAGCAUGCUGGAUCAUGUGGAUGAAAUGGCAUCAAAGAUACCUUUCGUUGAGUUGGCUUUGCGAACACAUUUUGGUUUGGCUUUGGAGCUCGGGAUAGAAUGCAGAAUUGCUUUGUGCAAAUUAGGAGAAGCUAUUUUGCCCAAGUUCCUAAACUUUGUCAAGCAAAAUAUGUCUCCAUUCUUAAAGAAGUAUUGCCUUGUCCAAAUGGCUCUUCAUCAUCCACGAGGAGCUGAAAGUAAAUUGCCAUCAGCACAUGCUCAUAACUGGGACAAGUGGAAUGAAAUUCUCUUGAGCAUUUUUCAUGCAGUGCAACAAGAGCUGAGAUAUUCAAUAGACACUGCAAAAAUUAGAGGGCUAAGGAAUAAAGAGGUUACAGUUGAAAGUGAUCUGGUAGAGUUAGCAGUUGAAAUCUACAAACAGAUUUUUGCCUUGGAGGAACCAAUGGUUUUCACACAGCAAGACGUUUCUUUAAUUGAAAGUGAAGGACCCUCUUCUAAACGGGCCAGAAUGUCUGUCGGAAUCCAGAUGGCAAUAGACCAACUAAAGCCUGCUAAAAGAUCUGAAGAAAUAACAGUGAGGCUCACUGUGAUGGCAGCUUUCCUAAAGAAAUAUGGCUCGACCCUAAAGACAUCUGAUUACUUCAGUCUCCUGGAAAUACUGACUGAAACUCAAUCUUUAAGUAAAACUAACAACACCAUGAAACAAUUUUGCAACUGCUGCAAGGCGUUGCUGGAAAAUUUUACACUUGCAGUACUAGAUCGUUCAGAGAUGGACAAAGCAAGGGGUAUCUGGCGGCGAGUUUGGGAUAUGGCUCUUAGAUCUGCUGGCCUUAAUCAGUGUUUGGAAGGAAGUAAUGGUCUUCUACAAGCUCUUUUGACUAGUGAGUUUGCAAGUGACCUCCAGACGUCGGGAUUGCUAAAUUUGUUCAUUCAAAAUACCAUCAAUUUGAAUGCUCACAGUUUACAAACUUUUGUAACCCUGACUUCCAACUGCUACCUGCCUGACAUGUCCAGCAAUUACAAUGAAGAUAUAAGAAUGCCUUCGCAGUUGACAAACACGAGCAUACCAAAUUGGCAAAGGGUAUUGUCUUGGUUGUUGCCAGCUAGUGAUGACGAAGAUGAAAGGGUCAACAAGACAUACACUAAUAUUUCUAAUCAUCUGAUUGGAGAAGCCUUGAUUCGAUGCAUUUGCAAAAAUCGGAUAGUUUUAGAACCUCCCAAGGACUUGUUUGUGGCUCAAUUGGAAUCAGAUGGUAUCAUGGAAAUCCACCAAGCAUACAGUCCUGAAACAAGCACAAAAUUGAAUGUGCUAGAAAUAACCUAUGUGCCAAGACCUCAACUCAAUCCUAAUGGGCCUGCUCUUUUGGCAGGCAUGCUGUCUCGGAGGUUCAGCGAAAUAAUCUCUGCACCAGCUGAUGCCUUCGAGACUCAAACAUUGAAAAGUGACACAUUCAGCAUCUUUGUGCAUCAAGCCAUGAUCAACUGUAGUGUCUUGUCUCACCUGUUAAAUUCUGAUCUGCUCGACGAAGAAGAAUUUGAGCAAUUCCCCACUGUUAGAGAAAUGGAGCAUCUUUUGCAAGAAUCAAUUCCUGCUAGCCUUGAGAUUCUUCUGACUGUCAAAAAAGGAGAAUUACCUUUUGAUAAAAUCCUGAUGCUGGGAAAUCUUUAUUCCGACGAUUACCACAGAUUGGUAGUCAACCUCAUCCGAAGAUCCACACCCUCCUUGUUUUUGGAAGUGUUUCAAAGGGAGUGCACCAGCAAGGCUAUUGCUCCAGCAGCAAUGGCACAUUUCUCAGAAAUCCAAUCUCGUGUUGACGUUACAACAAACUAUUGCCCAUAUCCUCUGAAUGGACAGUUGACACGAACUGAAGAAUCCAUGGUGGUCUUCACUAAAAUUCUGGCAUCGCUUUGCUUUCACCCAAAACUUGAAUACACUGAAGAAGUGGCCAAGUACAGUUUAUGGCUCCUGGAAGUAUGCUGUGGUAUGACCAACAAAUGCAAAGCAUUGUGCAAUAUGAUUCGGAUGUUGUUGGUCCUAAAAUCUGCUAGUUUGGGCGCAAAAACUCUGAAUGAAGAGCAAGAAGCAUUAAUCAUGUUAUGCCUGAAGGAAUUGACAAAACUGAAUAGAAAUAGUCAUCUGAUUGUCAUUGCAAUCCUUGAUAUUUUGGAGGGAAUGUUGAUCAAACUGAAUGAAUCAAGCAACGCUGUUCACAGAAGUUUUGUUAUGUCUAUUGUCAGAGGCUUUAAAAUACUAACAGAAAAGAAGAAGUUUGGACGGACUGUCAGGCUGAAGUUGAUUAAAUGUAUCAAAGAGUGGAUCACUCUCGACCCUGAACAAAUCUGGUCAAAAAAGAAAGACAUUGAUCCAGCUGCACUUCUUCUGACUGAUUUUGUGAAGGACCAUUUCUUUGAGGUGCGAAAUAGUGCAGCGUUGUGCCUGGAAAAGAUACUUUGCCCUCGAACUGAGAACUGGAGUGCCAAUAUAAUGAUGGAAUGGCGGCUGACUGUAUUCAACAAAUUGAGCACAUGCAUAAAUGAAUCUUUCAACACCUUGGAUGAUAAGUUUCCAAAUGAAGAUGACUUGAGGAAUUUGGGGCAGAGUUCCCUAAAGAGCUAUGCAGCUGCAAUCGCUUACUGCCCGGAACAACGACAUUCUGCAAUUUUCUCCAUUCUUGAGCUUAUCAAACUACAUAAUGUCAGCUUGGCCUCUGUUCUGCAAGUACUACAAAUUUUGAAUGAUGACAGAACGAACAACGAUUGUGACGUAACUAUUUUGGAACCAUGCUUAUCCUACCUUCUUGCAAAAUGGUGCUCCAAAUUUUCACUCUUAGAGUUCCCAUAUCAGCUGCUUGGAUGUAACUCUUGCAAUGAGUUUUUGAUCACAAAACAAGACCAGAUUGUUGUGACACUUCUUCAACAAAGAGACAAAAAGAAUUUGAAAGCACUGUCAUCCCUACUGAGCCGGUCUGAAGAAGUACUUGUAAAGGAGAGCAGUGUGAUGAUACUUUGCUCCUCCCUCCCACUAAUGGUAAUCAAGAAACAUUUGGAUGAAGAUGUUCAAGAAAAGCUUCAAAACUGCUAUAACACCUUGGCUAAAUACUUAUCUGAGGACGAAAUAGAAAGCAUGUUGGGGGAUGAAUUUCCCGAUAUUUUGCUGUACUUAUACACAAUUCUGUUAGACAAAUCUGUUUGGGAAGAUCGUGUCGGAGACAUUUCGCUAAAUUUUCCUCAGUAUGGACUACAUUACCUCAACCACAAAACCUUUGCAGAAAUGAUGCAUUGGGUCGAGAAGAAGUUGCCAGAACCUGAAACCCCAGUAAUUGUCUUCAUUGCGAUAGAACAUCCAGUCCACUGCCAAAAUAUUAUGCACAAGUUAGCUCUUCGAGUUUUCAAGGCGCCAUCAAGAGAAGACAGAUUACUGUGUUUUUUGCAGUACAGCAGUCUUGUACAUGAGCUGUGCACAUACAUUGGCAAUGGAUCUGUGGGAAAUAUUUCAGCAUUUUUGAUCAGAGAUAUUGUGCAUUUCCUGCUGAACGUAGUUAAUGAAAGCACCAAAGUGAAACAUGUAACAUUGUCUGCCGCAGUUUGCUACUGUUUGCAGCGUUUGUCUGAAGAGUGCUGCAAAAACAACGCAAAGCUGCUAUCAUCGGUGCUGCCAACAAUGGUCAAUUCUUUAGUGAACCUCGUCAAGAAAAACCUCAACCGACCUGUUGCAAGCAAGGCCAUCAACAUCCUUCAUAUCUUGAUUGUGGAGCAUGGCUCAGAUUUUAAAAGUGUCAUCAGCAAGCUGGAGGAAUUUCCUGAACUCCCUGAGUUUUCCAGUAUUGAAACAGCAUUUGACCAGAUAAGUGAUUCACAAGACAAACACAUUGAAAGUGAAAUCUGCAGCUUCUUAGCUGCUGGAGAGGCUGCAAAAGAAAAUAGGGUGGAGGGACUUCAGAGACUCUGCAAACAACUGUCAAAUAGAAAAGAGCAACUGAAUGUCCUCUAUGGAGAGCUUUGCAGCCUGAAACAGGUCCCAAAUACUACUCUGCUGAAUCUGAUCUGCUCGCUCCUUAAGCUGACUGGCAGUGAUGAUGAUGAAAUUGCUUUUCUGGCUGCUGCUUGUCUUGGAGAGCUUGGACCCGGAGAGUUGUUGCCGAUUGUUUUGACGCAGCAGGAUUUAACAGUGGAAAAACGAGAAACGCCUCAGGUGCUUCUCUACAAAUGCAAAUUGGAUCUUCUGUUGAAGUACAUCAUUGACCCUAAUAUUGAUGUGUGCCAUUAUGCAUCAAAGCUGCUGCUUUCGGUGCUUCGAACACAGGAAGGAAAGCAAGCCCUGAAGUAUGUUACUCAUCCUGAAUACCUCUAUCCUUUUGAGGAUUCUAGUCAAGAGGGAACCACAGUUGAGAUCAAUGAUAGUAAGUUCCUCACUACGAUGCAAGACAGUGAAAUUUGGUGCCCAUCAACAAAAUUGCCUCACUCCAAUUGGAUCAUAACCCUGACGAGUAGCAUCUUAUUGUCAUUUUCCUACAGCAAGGCCUACACAGAACUGCUUUUGAAUCUCUGCCUAGCCAAAGAAGAGUUUGCAAAUUCGCUUCUACCACAUCUCCUCCUGUUUGUUUUAAGCAACAAUAAUAAACGAUGUGGCAACUUGGUUGUUCAGCAACUUAACACAUUUUUCAUGCGACAUUUUGAAAAGAGGCACCUCCAACACAAAAGAAUUUCCAGUCUCAUCCCUGGAAAUAUAAGCUCAGUGAAAUGCAUGCUUGAUGUUGUGCAGUUUCUGAGAGAAAACUCUAAAGGACAGUUCACUUCGAACCUCAACUACUUGCAUGUCUCACAAGCCGCACACUAUUGCUCAGCUUUCUUCUCAAGCAUUUACUACGGUGAGCUAUGGGGUCUGCAAAAAAAGUUUUCCCGAAGCGGUCAUCUAUGUUCAAUUGAGGAAGUUUGUGACAACACCCAAGAUGGCAAAGCCCUUCAUUCAAACCUUGUUCAAUCGUACAAAAGCAUUGGCGAUCCAGACGCAAUCUAUGGAUGUGGAAUGUCCCGGCUCUUGGACAGAGAAUCUCAGAUCCACUACUUUGAGCACUGCAAACGCUGGGACAAAGUUCUAUUACUACAAGAUCUGAACUCCGCCAAAAAGAGUAACUCCAGAACAUUGAGCAGAAUGGCUCCUGCAAUGAUGAAUCUUGGUUUGCAAAAUCUGCUCAAAACUAACCUGGACUUGCAGGAUGAUCAUGCAAUGAAAGAUAUCCAAUUGCAGUGCUGCUGGCGGCUUGGAAAGUGGGACCAGCCAACGACGCUAGACCUUGGACAGCUGAAGGAAAUUUCUUUUGAAAUUGGACAGUACUCUGCCCUUAAAUCCCUCCUUUUAACAGACUUUGACGGUGUUACCAAGAGUAUUACCUUAGCACAAAAAGCUGUCAUAAGAAACAUUCAACAAUCCAGCUUUGAAAGCACUCAAAACAUUUACGGAGCUUUAUCGCAACUCCAACUGCUGCAAGAAAUCAAAGAUGUGCUAGACAGCAGGAAUUCAUUGAAAACAACCGAAGAAGUUUUGGACAAGUGGAACCUCCAGGAUCAAAAAUCCACUUAUCGAUUUGAAUAUCACGAGCCGAUUCUGUCGCAAAGACUUUGCCUGAUGAGAAUCCUGCAAAAACUGGACUCUGGAUAUAACAGCUCCAAUAGUGAUGAUGUCUACCUAUCUCAAUCCAUUGCUGAACUAUUAUUGAGAAUAUCGAAGCUUGCGAGGAAUGAAAGAUGCUUUCACGUGACUUGGAAGGCUUUGACUGAACUGUCAGAGAUGACAGAAAUUAAUGAGGAAUUAAAAUGCAGGUAUCUUUUGGAAAGCGCCAACAGCUUUUGGGAUCAGGGAGAUGCCAUCCUUGGCAAAGAAAUGCUGGUUUCACUUCUGGAUAAGCUCAAAAAGCUGUGCAAAGCAAAAGUGCAACAUGAUUUGUCUGCUUUAAAAAGCACCUAUGCUCUAGCACUUCGAACAUAUGGCUCUUGGCUCAUAGAAAAUGGAUCUGAAAAUCCUCGGGUUAUCAUUGACGAGUACCUGAAGGCUGCUGUACAAAUCUCUGACGAUUGCUCUGCACUGUCUACAGAAAAAGCAGAUGCAUUCAGAGCAUUGGGAAGUUUUGCGGAUGCAGAAUAUCAACGAGUUGUUAAGUACAUGAACUCGCCACAUUUUAAAUCCAAAAUGGAACAUUUGGAAAAAUCAAAUUUGUCUGUGGCUGCCCUAGGCAAAGACAAGAAGAAAAGUGUAGACAAAGACUUUAAAACUGCACUCACAGUUGCUAAAAUGCAGAGCAGCAUUGACAAAAAUGAAAUUGAUGCUACAGAUGCUGAGCGAAAAGAGUUCCUAGCCCUGGCCAUGGAGUACUACGUCAAGUGCCUUGCUCUCAGUGAGGAAAGAGUCUCCACAGUCUUUCGAGUGAUCACCCUCUGGUUGGAAAACAAGGAAGACAUCUCAGAAAACCUAGACUUAUCAAUUGUGCCAAGCUACAAAUUCAUUCCUCUGAUUCCUCAACUUACGCCGUAUCUGAAACCAGGCAGUGACUCCUUUCAGCAAAAAAUAAGCGAACUUCUCAUUAGACUGGCUGAAGAACACCCCCAUCAUACCCUUCCCAACAUCCUUGCUCUGAAGUAUUCUGGUUUAGACCGACAAUAUGAAGAAAGCCUUAAACAGCCACUGAAUGAUCACAGAUCGGUUGAGGCAGGAAACGUUAUCAAGAGACUUUCCAAGAAAUCCAAGAUGCAGCCUAUCAUCAAGCAACUAGAAAUUGUUACCACUGCAGUUGUUGAGCUUGCCUAUUACUCGAGCGAAGAUCCUCGAGCAGGCUCCAAAACAAAGAUUCCUGAUGCUCUGCAAGUCAGGAAAAUUCAUAAGCUUGACAAAAUUCAGGUGGCAACCUGCAGUUUACCAGUCCAGAAAAGUUGCAACUACAAACCUAAUGGGAUUUUAAAAUAUGAAACAGUCUUUCAACUUGUUGGAGGGAUACACGCUCCAAAAAAGAUCGACUGUGUGUCAAUGGAUGGAGUCAAGCACACUCAACUUUGCAAAGGCUUAGAUGACUUGCAUUUGGAUGCUGUCAUGCAGCAGGUGUUCACCAUCAUGAACGAAAUGUUUAUGAGGAAUAAAAACACCAGCAGUCGGAAGCUAAGUGUUCGAACAUACAACGUUUGUCCUUUAUCUCAGAGAAGUGGACUAAUCGAGUGGUGCAAAAAUACAACUCCUCUGGGAGUCUACUUAGUGGACGCACAUCCUCGUUUCAACAAAGAUGAUGCUAAACCAAUUGAAUGCAGAAGAAUGAUGAACCAGUGUGAGGGCAAUUUGGAAAACAGAGGAAAGAGACUGCGAGUCUUUGAAGAAAUCUGCUCAAAGAUCAGACCAGUUUUCUUCAACUUCUUUUUGGAGAAUUUUCUUUUGCCUGCCACAUGGCUUGAAAAACGAUUGGCAUAUACAAGAAGUGUUGCUGCAUCUUCCAUGAUUGGAUACAUCCUUGGGUUGGGUGAUCGACAUGUGCAAAACAUUUUGAUUGACACAAGCACAGCUGAAGUGAUUCACAUCGACUUUGGAAUUGCAUUUGAGCAAGGUCUAGUACUCAGGAUCCCAGAACUGGUUCCUUUCCGUUUGUCAAGAGAUAUUGAAUCUGGAUUUGGAAUAUCUGGAGUCGAAGGAGUUUUUAAAAAAUCAUGUGAAGCUGCAAUGCAAGUUCUCCGUGAUAACCAAAAGACAAUUCUCACGAUUUUGCAAGUGCUGCUUUACAACCCCAUGUAUGUUUGGACGAUCGCUAUGUCAGAAAAUCAGAAUGACAGGAGUGGCAUGAAAGGAGGCAGAGUUGACAGGCUGACUGAUGAAGCCAAUCAGAUGGCAGAAAGGGCCUUGCUUCGCAUUCAGCAGAAAUUGAUGGGCACUGAAGAAGGAAUGGCUAACAGUGUCGAGGGCCAAGUAAGUAGACUGAUUCAAAAGGCGCAAGAUCCGCAUAACUUGGGACUCAUGUUCAGUGGGUGGCAACCGUACCUUUAAGAAAACUCAAUUAUUUGUAUGAAUCCAUUGUUCUGUUCUUCUUUUCUAUGCGAAAUUUAUUAGAUGCCAGCUCUCUCUAUAAGUUAAAUAAAUAAGUGUGGUCCAGCCGCAUGUUAUGCCAUAAAUAGAGGUUAUGUCCAUUUAACAAAGACUUUUGGGGAUCACUGGAGCUUUCCCUCUGCAUACUUCUUAAGUCCGUCAGCAAUGACGCUCGAAUCAACUCCCUCGUCAACUAAAAUUGAGCACACCCCAACAGAGACCAAGUCUCUAAUGUUUCGAUACUCGUCAUCAAAGAACAACAUCUCACUGUAGUCAAAGCCCGAGUUCUUUUUGAACCUGCCAAGUAGAACAGAAUAAAUAAUGAAUUUAAAAUAAUCAUCUCGUAUUUUAUAAUAUACGAACUUGCUGAAGUGAGUCUUUUUGCAACCAGGAUAGAUUUCUUUGUAAGAGAAAUAUUUGUUCCAAUCGAACAACUGAAGCAGUUGCUCAGCUCCCUUAAUCUCGCCUGUUCUGGACGCAACAGCAACUUGAUAUCCCUCAGAGACAAGCCGUUCCAGAAUUUUUGGUACUUCAGGGAAAUGCUCAAUUUCUCUUUUUCUUUGGUCUAUGAUAUUCCCAUUGCUGCAAAUAACUUAUUUUUAAGAAGGGGCUAUAAUUACAUAAUUGGCAAUUUAUAUUACGGAAGUCUUGUAAAUGGAGGGUCAACAUUUGUGUCCACAUGAAAAGGCCAAAGUGUCCAGUCUGGCAGGAAUAUUGUUGUUAUAGAGGUAAAUCUAAUUUAAUAAUUAGAUUUGCAACUCACCUAAGUCAAAUACGAUCAAUUUUGGUUU